AUGUGUUGCCCCGAAGACGUCAAGAAACAACUUAUUAAGAUAUUAUUAAGUUUCAAGGAUCUGUGGGAAGGAAAUACUCUUGGUCGUACUAAUCUAGCCGAACAUUCUAUUCAAUUUACCACUAGCAAACCUAUAACGAGCCGAUGCCGUCGUUAUGCAGAAGAACAGAAAAUAAUCACUGAAACUCAACUCCAAGAAAUGAUCCAGAAAGGAGUAAUUCGUGAAACUUUGGAUUUAAGAGCCGGCUACUGGCAAGUAAUGAUGAAGCCUAAAGACAUACAUAAGACUGUCUUUCGCACUCCUACAGGACUUUACGAGUUCUUGGUUAUGCCGUUUGAUCUGUUCUGGGAAGGAGCUCUAGUUUACCCAGACGAUAUUCUAAUUCAUGCGCCCAACGCGAAAUGGAAUUGCUUACAGAAGUAUUUUGUCGUUUACGAUCUGCUGGCCUUAUAUUACGCUUAUCCAAAUGUACUUUCCUUCCACUAA